AAUUUCACUAAAAUGGCGUCCAAACGGCCAAAUUCCAGCCAAAGAGGUUACUUUGAUUUGAUCAAAAGAGGAAAAUCUGCCGCUGCAGGCCAGUCUAAUGAAGAAGAUGAAAACGCCAGCUUUGUUGAUGGUUCGAUAGUGCGUGUGAAGAUGCGAAAUUUUGUGUAAGUAUUCAAUCUCAAGGAGCGCGUGACUAUGUUUUUCAGGUCUGAUUAUCAUGUGUAUGUGUGAGUGAUGCUUCUUUCGAAGAUCAUAAUUACCUUUGAUGUUCUUUAAUUUCGUCUUGGAUGUUUUAAACACAUCCAAGAUUUUUCUUAACUUUAAAUUUUGUUUUAGGACGUAUGCAGAUUGUGAGUUUAAGCCGGGUCCACAUUUAAAUGUGCUUCUUGGACCAAAUGGUAUGUUCUGACAUCCUGCUGUUUUAUAAAUGAACUAUAGCGGGAACCAUGGGGGAGGGGGGGGGGGGGAGGAUUUAAAGAAUAGUAGAGAAAUGGAAUGAAUAAGAGACAGCCAGGACAAAUUUAAGAUAUGUUUGAAGCUAGGAACAAACAAAGAGGAAAUGGAGAAAAGAAAAAUGGAAGAGAUAAGGAUGAUGAAAUAAUGUACUAUCAUCCAGGACUGUUGCUUCAUGAAUGAAUGUGUACAUGAAUACACUUAGACACAAUGAUAGGCAGACAGAAAUACUAAAUACAAAAGUGGUCAUAAUGUUGUGAAGUGAAUGGAGGGCUUCUCUUUUCAACAGGGACUGGCAAAUCAUCUAUAGUCUGCGCAAUCUGUCUGGGGCUAGCUGGUUCUACCAAGCUGCUCGGCCGAGCAACAGAGGUAGGUGUGAACCACUAGAAAUUUUACAUAUAUAUAUAUAUAUAUAUAUCUGAUGUACAUUUAGUGCUCUCUAUUCCUGUAUGUUUACUCAACAGGGUUGCACCACAAUUUGGUUAAAUUAAUUUUAGAGUUUGUGAAGCUACAUGUACAUGUUGGUGAACCCUGUAUCACUUGUAUGAUCUUCCACAUAGUGUCUAUUUGUUUGUGUGGAAAAUCUGGUAUACACAAUAUUUACUUUGUCUGGCACUAUGUGCGAUUAGGGGGUGAAAAAUGUUUUAACGUCUUGAUUGCCUAUGACUGAAAUUAUUUUUUGAGACUUCUAGAGUACAAUUGACAGUCUGUUAUUAAGUCUUAUUAACUUGCUGAUAAUAAUAUCUUCUUAGGUAAGAGACUUCAUCAAACAUGGAGCAUCUCAAGCCAUGAUAGAGAUUGAGCUGUAAGGAGCUUUAUUUCCCUUAUUAAAAUGUGUAGUUACAUGAUUUUUAACAGUAGUGGAAAAUUGACUAAUUUCAAGCAGACAUCCUAUCAUUGUAAUAUAUUUAGGUUUGAAUUAUUUUCUUUUUAUUUGUUUAUCCAUGUAUAAUCACAUCUUGUAGACACAAUUCAAAUGAAAGGAAUCACAUUAUAACCAGAGAAAUGUACAGAAAUGAGAAUAGAUCCAACUGGAAAAUUAAUGGAAAAGGAUCAACAAUGAAAGAGGUAUGCAUACAUGUUCAGUGUAUUAGACUUGAAAGUAGUCAUUGACUCUGUAUAAACUGCUUCCUGCUUUGUGCAACUGCAUGUAUUUUCCCUUCAAAAAAAUUAAAUCAGAACUGAAAGGCCUAUCAAAUGGUUUCCAUUGUAUCAAAGAAACUAAAAAGUAUGCUGUUGUAAUGUAAAGGUAAGUGUGUUUAGGUACUUCUUUUUUUUUUUUUUUUUUUUUUUUUUUUUUUUUUUUUUUCAGUGAAACAUCUAUUUCAUGCAAAGCUUCAGCUGAUUAUCCUUGAAAGAUAAUGAAGUCUUUUGUUUUGCCUGUCCUUAGGUUCAAGAGCUGACUAAAAAGUUAAAUGUGCAAGUUGGCAACCUUUGUCAGUUUCUUCCACAGGUACUGAAAUGCACGACACACAUGACAGUAUCAAACACAAUCCUCAUUUAGUAAUUGAUUUAACUAUCUUUCCUUUUCUCUUCAAAAUGCCUUCUCACAGGAUAAAGUGCAAGAAUUUGCAAAGAUGUCUCAGCAGCAGCUUUUGGAGGCCACAGAGAAAGCAGUGAGUGUAACCAGUGUGGCAUUUAAGCAUUCAACAGAACAGAAGUACUUCUUCUUUAAAGAUACAUGCAAUUUUUGGUAAACAAUCAUGUAGGAAAAUGAGUGUUGCUUAUAAGUUUCUUUAUUCAUAGGUUGGACCACCCAAAAUGUUUGAUAGCCAUCAAAAGCUCAUUGAACUCAGGAAACAAGAAAAAGAACUAGAGGUUAUUUGAGCCUGGAGUGGUGGAUGCAACAUAACUGAUGAAUAUAAAUCUUUCAUGAGUAUUCUACACACUUGCUUUUAACCUAUGGGUCUUUUGUCCUAAGUAAACAGCUAGAGUGCUUUUCAAUUUUUCCACAAUUCUGCUAUUUUACCUCUUAAGUCCAUGGACAUGCACUUGUUGAAAAUUGCAUCAUAAUUCAAAAUUCCAUCAUUCACCUUCCACAUUCAGAAUGGAUUAUGUUUUUUACUCAAAAAAUGUUUAUUAUGUUUGCCUUUAUACAUGUAUGAAUAGGUUUCCCUCAGAAACGAUAAGGAACAUCUGGAAAAAUUAGAACAGCAAAAUGAACGUCUGGAACAUGAGGUUAAAAGGCAUCAAGAGAGAGAGCGACAUUUACAAAAAGUGCAAAUAUUGGAAAAGAAAAGACCUUGGGCUGUAAGUCAGAAAUUUUAUGUAGAGAAUGACAUUUUUAUACAAACCUUUAAACUGUCAUUCCUGUUCAUUGUUCAUAAGAGAGAGAGAGAAAGAGGUAGGGAGUCUUUCUUUCACUGUUUAAUUUAUGAUUUACUAAUCUAUUUCAGGAAUAUGAGCAUGCCCGAAAGAAGUUUGUAGAAAUUAAAGGUGAAAAAGAGGGGGUGAAAAGGAGGCUUGAUGAAGUCAGAAAACAAAAUGAACCAAUGCAGAAACGCCUUGAUGAAAUAACAAGAAAAGUGAGACACCUUGAAAACUCAACCAGAGAGUUAGUAAGUGAACAUUUAAAAUGUAUAAUUUUCACCUUCAUUGUAAAGGGUUACUGUUAACUCACUACAAUGUCCAGUUGUAAAAAUGUAUUUCUCAAGUGUUUGCCUGAGAAGGGAAGCAUCUUGAAGACUUAUCUGGAACAGCUGAACUGAGGACUGGGGAGCUCCAUUUUUAUGCAUGAAUGGAAUAGAUUUUAUAAAUGGCAUGCCUCCAGACCUUGAUAGAAGCCUUCACCUGCCUUUCAGUGGCCUCAGCAGAAAAUUGUUGUAAAGUUUACCUGUGGGUAACACUCCUGAAACACUCAGCUUAGCUUUGAUAUCCAAGGCUCUGUCAUAAACUGGAUGUUUAGGUUAAAUUAACAGACUACAAGAUGUGCAUUUGCAUGUGCAGUGUAUCUUUGGGCAUUUACAAAAUAAAUUCAUAAAUAAAUCCUUCUGAUGUGGACUUUUUGUCAACUUUACACAGAUGGAGAAAGGCAGUGAAGUGUUGAAAAGAGCCAAGUCAAAGAGUGAGCAGAUUGAAAAGAAAGGAGAUAAGGUAACAGCUUCAACCUUAUACCUGUCACAGUUUAUGGACAUGUUUCUAUUUUACUUGAGUUAAAUAUCAAGAACUGUGAGGCUUCUCAGCAAGGAAUUUUGACAAACUCUUGGCCUUUAGUCAGUAAACAUCACUGACAACACCAUUGACAACAGUGUUCAAACAUAAAUGUCUGUUGCAUUGUACACUGUAGAUAGAAGAACUACGCACAGAAUUAAAAGAUCUGAAGGAAGAAGAGAAAAAGAGACAAAAACGGUAAUAGCACUUCAGAUAUGUACUGUUUGUAAUAAUUAUCAUUCGUUGAUUACUUGUGAGUGUUCAGUUAUAUGUAGGGUGCAUGAAGACUGUGUGUAUGCAAAUCUAACUCAAACAGGAGAUGAAAAACUCUACAGGUUUAGCAAUUAAAGAAAAUCUUUUAACAGUCAUAACUUCAUGUACCAAACUUUUGUAUAGAAUGAAUGACUUGGAGAGGGUGAUAGAUGGACUGAGGAAUGAACUAGACAACCUACCAGACCCAUAUCAUUUGCAGGUACCCCCUCCUGGAAAAUUUCAAUGUUUGUUGGCUUUUUUAAUUUAACUUUAACUUUAAUUUAAAUUUAACUUUAUUUUGUCUCCGCCUGGCCUCUCCUACCUUAUAUGAGGAGUAGCUUACAUCCAAAUUGUUGUUUAGUCACAUGCAGAAAUAUUACAUUAUAUUUUGGUACACCAAAUUCCUCUGGCUCCUGAGAUAACUAUCUAGUUACAGCAAAAUAAGUGAAAUACAUUUUUACAAGUACAUUUUUACAAGUAAGGUGGCGUAAUGGGACAGAAAGGAUCUGGUGAUCAGGUGAUCUUUUCACAAACCUAAUCUAUGCUAGAAAGGGACAAAUGAAAGAGAACAAAACAAGGCUGGCAAACUAAUCAUGUGCUAACAAGCUCUAGACAAAUUUAUUUUGACUCUACAGCAUUGCAGACACAUUGUCUAUGUCUAAAAGAUUGAGAAGCAUCUGAUAUUUACAAUAUUUCAGACUCAGUAUUUUAAACUUUUUACAUGAUUUUCCUUUCCAUGCAAGCCUUGUAUUGAUGAAAUCAAUGUUGAAGCUCGACAAAAGAACCGUGAAGUGGUGACCAUGCAAGGGCAAGCUCGUAGCAUCAGAGAUGAGGCAGAUAGCUUGAAGGCUCAGGUUCAAGGUGAUUUUACAAUGGAAGCUUUUACUAUUAUGCAUACCUUGUACUUUCUAUGCAGGAUAAUGAUGUGCCUAUGCAAGUUAUCUUGUAACAAUUAUGCAGAUUUCAUUUUCUGAUUGCUGGUAAAGUUUAUUGAAUGUGUUUCAAUCUUACACUGUUUUUUCAACACAGACAUAAGGAGCAGAAUUUCUGAACUUGAAGACAUGAAGAAUCGUCGAUUGGAGCAUUUGCGGAAUAGAUAUAAAGAUACUUAUAAUGCUGUACUUUGGUUGCGGGCAAAUCAACACAAGUUUCAUGCUCCUAUCCAUGAACCAAUUCUUCUUCAGGCAAGUUGUGCUCCCAUAGCUUGAUCAAGAAGGUCCUUUGCAUCAUUUACUAAGUACAUUGUUCUACAAGGAACUUCAUGUCAUCCAGGCCUUGUAUUCACUUCAGAGAUAACUUAGUUCUCCUGUCUCUCCAAACGGAUUUUACACCAUUGACCCACAAUGUACUUAAAGAAAAGGAAACAUGUUUAUACAAAAUCAUUAUCAUUUUUAUUGUUUGCUGAAACAAGCAAAUUUGCAUCAAGUGUGAGGUAAGACUGAGGCCAUUUUUCCCCUGAUGCAGCCUGCAGGUGGGAAAAGGUGAGUAAAUGACAAAGAUGAGUUAUCAGGUUGAAAGGGGGCUGAAAGGGAUGUUACGGAAUAAGAGGUAAUGAGCAACUAGCAGAUGCUUGGUAUUAUACUGAUGUUGGAUGGUAUCCAGUACCUCACAUGAGAAAAGUCUACACAUGGAGAACAUUUUGCAGGAAAACAUUGUGUUAUAAUCAUACUGGUAGAUAGAAUAUGUUGCAUUUUGAUUAUCUCACCCUAGUCUUAUCAUUCAUAAAAAUGUAUUUUGAUUUUACAUUGCAGGUUGUCAUAUCCAGAGUAUGAACACAGAGUACCUAUCUGUAAACUAAUUAAUUACACAUAAUUUAUGAGUCUAAUGGUGAUCUUUUGUUAGGUUGAAAUGAAAGAUGUGAAGAAUGCUAAAUUUAUUGAAAGUGUUAUCAACCAGAAUGAUCUCCGAGCUUUUGUAUGCAGCAACAGAGAUGACUUAAGACUAUUCCUAGAUGAGGUACAGUAUAGACAGUAUAGAAUGAAAUUUAAUUUUGAAAUAGUAAAUCUCUCACUAUGUGUAAUUUGGAGAGUUAUUCCAGUAUGGGUCACCACUUGAAAGUAAGAAUGAUAGUGUUCAGGUCACACUUAGAAAUUGAAGAUUCUUUUUGGAUUUAUGACUCAGCAUAAUACUAAAUUAAAUAUAUUUUCCAUAAUUAUAUAAGUACUCUCUUAAAGCUUAAUAUAUUUUGCAGGUGCGUGACAAACAAGGGCUUAGGGUCAAUGGGGUUGCACCACCAGAAGAGGCUUUGGAAAGCUUCAUGUCAUCACGAUCUUUAAAGGAUUUAGGGUUUGUGGAAAAAAGAUACAUUAUUUUGCCUCAUCCCUCUGAACAUUAGGCCACCCCCCUCCUACUUUCUCCCUUCACUCCCACCUCUCCCUCCAAAAUUUUUUUGGGUUUGGACCCCUCCUAUAUGAUCAGCCCACAAUAUUGAGUGUUGAUGAAACCAAUGUGGCAGUAUUUUUGAAGUGAACCAUUUGCCAGAACAGGAGGAGUGCAACAACAAACAGCACAAGCACAAGCACAAGCACAAGCACAACAGCUAUGUGCUCAACACGACUUUUUUUUUUAAUCAGCCCUUAACCCCUUUAACUCCCAAGAUCUCAUUAGUAAUUCUCCUUACUGUCUGCUAUAUAGUUCUUGUAAUGUUAGUUUGGAGAAUUUAGUGUUGGAUCAAAUAAUAAUCCCCUAAUUGAGAUUUUUCUUUAUUCUCAUCACUAGUCUGCUUGAUGUUGUAUUGAUAUUGUAAGGAGAAAUUCUGUCUUGGUCACUCAUGGUAGUUAAAGGGUCAAUAUACAAACUCACCAUACCUUUGUCACGUGAUUGCUGACUUUUAAUUCACAACUGAAACUUUGCAUACUGCACAUGAUUGUGGAAAUCUCUUAAAAUCUAAAACUUUUUCAAAGUAUGCUUUGUUCAAGUGAACUGAUUCAUAUAGAUUGCAGAAAGAAAGUGGGAUACUGUUUAGUUUUUUUGUUACUUUCAAAUUGAGACUCUAAAUUGAAUCGGUGAGAAUUCCGUAAUUAUGUACCCGAUCCUGUGGCUAUUUGAAACCUUUUUUAUGUUCAUGUUACCGUAGGAAGUGGGGUUUUCACUGUUAUCUGAAAGACUUGUUUACUGCUCCUGAUGAAGUGAUGCGAUAUCUGUGUCAUCAAUAUCGUCUUCAUGAAAUUCCUUUAGGGAAUGAUUGGACAACCAAGAAUGCAGAUAAGGUGGGUUGAUUCCCACAAUGAAAUUUUGAUACAUGAUGUAUUAUAAUGGUGUAUAUUUAAACCUAGUAGGAUGGUUGUGCUGUAGUAAUGUUCAAUUGGGGACUUUUUUUCCUCUUAAAUGGACCUUUUAAUGUUGGGGUAGUUUAAAAACAAUGUACUGAUAAAUGAAAUCACAUUCUAAACAUUUUACUCAUAUUUUAUUUCAGGUGAUCAGCGAAUCAGGUGUUACAAGUUUUUACACCUUAACUUCAAGGGUAAGCCCACAAUUGACAAGACAUUCAUCUAGAGUUUAUUACCAAAAGAAGGUGGUAGAUAGUUUUACAAAAUUAUGGAAUCACUUAAUUAUGGAUGCCCCUUAAUUACCUUGCUCCUAUUACCAAGAAGUGUUACAGUUAUCUGGACUGUACAUAAUUAUAUGAGUAAUGUGUAUGGCUUUCUAAAUUGGCAUAAUUGUGUGUUUUUCUCCCUUAGUACACUGUGAAGCGGUCUUUAUAUGGCAAUCGGGAGAGAUCAACUGUAGUUGAUCAUGUAAGGUAGGGAAUUUUUUCUUGCCAAACUGACAGUUAUUCAACAAAUCAAUAAAGGAGGUACCUGUUAGUUUCUAAAGGAACUGCAAUGCUGCAUCAUGGGGGGAAUUACAAAAUAAUUGGUUUUAUCAACUAAGUUUUUAAAUGUAAACUGGCCACCAUAAAGAGGUUCUAAAGUUGGCAUUUCCAGCAUUAGCCUUUUGCUCUGACAAAGAUACCCAAACUGCAACUUUAGAAACUCUGACCCAAAACCUCAGCUUUACAAACCCUUAACAGUAGUCAGUUUAUAUUAUCGACUCAGUUGAUGAAAACCAAAUUAUCUUGAAAGUUAUUCAGUAAUUUGGAUACCAGAUGAUAGGGGUAUAGCACAUGGGUACAGUACAUGGGUACAGUUUGCAUUGAUCAGUCGAUGAAAUGCUCCCAAUAUACACCAAUUAGGUGUGUGUUCUACUGGUAUUUGUAAAGCUAGAAUCACCAUUGUGCCAUUUUUAUUUUCCAGAGAUGCCAGGUUGUUUAACAUUGCUGUUGAUGCAGAGAAGAAAAGACAACUUGAACUGGAACAACAGGUACAUUGUGCACUCUUUGACUAUUAUUUGAGCACUCUCCUUGUUGACUAUUAUUUUACGCAGUUCUAUAUAACAUAAGUUAAUGGUCAAUUCCAGGAUGUCAGCCACCAAGUGCAGCAAAAAAAUGAAGAGUAUAAAAGCUUAAGUGAGAGAGAGAACAGCUUACAUAAGGAACUGGAAAGUCUGAGAAAUAAGAAGGUUUGUGGUCACUUAAAAGACAAGUUCUCUAUGUGGUAUCUGUGGAAUAACUGUUUAUCUAACUUCAAAAUCGGUCAUUUUCACAACAUAUUUAUACAAUGUAAGACUAAAGUGAAAACAUAAAGUACCAAAAUUUGUCACAGAUAAACACUCAGGGUAUGCACACAAGUAAAAGAACACAAGUCAUGUUUUAGGGGCUAGAGUAACUCUGCACAGAAAAGUUUAUUGUGAAUUUACAGUUUUGAACAGUUUGUCUUAAUCAUAAUCUCCAGCAGGGUCAUUGUACUCGCAGGGUAUCUGUUGUAUAUUAGUUCUUGUUAAAUGAUUGUUGCUAAAGGUAACAUUUCAUUUUUAUGAACACCUUUUUUGCCGUGGAACCAUUUUUUCUUUUUGACCAUAACAGAAAGAAUUAACUUCACAAACACAAAGGAGAAGAAAUUUAGAGAACCAGCUGGGAGCCAAGCAAAAGAACCUGGAAACAAUGCAGAAAGCAACACCAGACUUAGAAGGAAAGGCAGAAACAAUACAGCAACAGAUUGUGAGGAUUAAUCACCAGAGAGCACAACUUGCUAUGGAAUAUAAAGAUUUUGUCCGUGUAAGCAUCAUGCACACUCUUAUUAUUGAUAGCAGGGAAACAGGAGCUUAAAACUUUGUGUAGUAUGUAUAGGUACAACAUUGGGAGCAAGAUCAUUCUCAGCAGCAGCUACGAAACUCUGGAAUGAGCUACCUGUGGAGCUUCGUCAAGCAACAUCACUGAACAGUUUUAAAUCUCGACUUAAAACCUAUCUUUUUAAGAAGUAUUUUUUAUAGUUUGUAACUUAGUUUAUUUUAUUCUCACGGUAAUGUAUUUUCGUUUUCUUUUAAACAGAUGAUUGUAAAGCGCUAUUGAUCAGCACAUGUAAAUACGCGCUAUACAGUAUUGUGCAAAAGUAAUGCAAACACCUGUCGACGAAAUUCGGCGAAAUUCCUGGCUUUUCGACGAAUUCUUGACCGAAACGAAACUUCGACGACAUUUCCGCGAAUUUUCGAGGCAUGUAUUGUUUUGAACGGCUCGAACUUUCGGCGACAAAUUCCUUGAUGGCGUAAAUGCGACGCGAAAUUUCGAGCGAAAAUUCGUUCUAUGCGGCGAAUUUUCGGGGCGAAAAUUCGUUGUAUUGUUCAUUCUUCUCAAAAAGAUUUGGUUGAAUUUGUGGUUGGUUACUACACUAUGUAAUACUCCCAUAAAAUUUCCCGCUACGAUUCCAGUCUCCGCGCGCCCUAUAUUGUUUGCAACCAUGGCAACACAGGUUGUUGUGUCGAUGCGUUUGGGAUCAUUUAUGUACUCUACUUUUGAUAGUAAUCAUGGCAAAAGUUUCAAAUUAUUCCAGAAAUAGAAUCGAGAUCCUUCACAAGCAAGGCCUCAACCCAGCUGAAAUACUGAAAGCGUUGAAACACGAAGGGCUGCUAGUGAGUUUUUCCAGUAUUACGCGCAUCAUUAAAAAGUUGCGACUUACCGGUUCCGUGGCAAAUUUACCUCGAUCAGGAAGACCUCAAAAGCUGUCUACGGAAGCAAAAACUUUCGUAGAUCAGCAAAUGCGCAGGGAUGACGAGACGACCAGCAGUACGAUAAAGAAGAAGCUGGAGAGACAUGGAAUCUGCGUGAGUGCGUCCACUGUUCGUAGAGCACGCAAACAGCAAGGUUGGACUUUGCAGCGGACCGCCUACUGCCAGCUAAUCCGUGACGCAAAUAAAGUCAAGCGAUUAGAGUUCGCACAACGCGUCCUAGAAAGUGGUGACACUUUCAACAACGUGAUUUUUAGCGACGAGUGUUCGAUUUCCCUUUAGGCGUAUCGCCGCACUUGCUUUAGAAUGGCAAAUGAGCCCACAAAGCGAAAGCCGAAACCUAAGCACCCACUCAAAGUGCAUGUCUGGGGAGGGAUUAGCAGAAGUGGUGCCACGAAGAUUUGUAUCUUUGAUGGCAUCAUGGACGCUGAUUUGUUUUGCAGCAUUUUAGAGACGACGCUGGUUCCUUUUAUCGUGUCAGAAUUUACGAAAAAAUAGAGCAAUGUGACUAAACUAAUUGUUGUUUUCAGUCGUCGCCAAUUAGUAUUCAGUGUUUUGUUGUGAAGAAUAAAUAUUUCCGAACAAACAUGGUGUUGUGAUAUCUGGAAAGCAUGCUGCAAUCAGCGAUAUGGGUGAUGUCUAUUUGCGCAGGGUUCGAAAACGAAUAAACAAGGAACAUUCUUCCCAAUAGAAAACGUUUGAAAACACACUAAAGACAUUCUCUGCUCCGUCUGGUUAAAAAGCGUUGUACUUAAGUUAAUUUUAAAAACUAUUGCAAUCAUUUGAGAGUUUAUUUCCAUGAAAUACAUGUCUCUUGGUCGGAAUUGCUAUUCAUCCCGAUUUACUUUCAUUGUUGUAAACUGAUCGAACUCUGAAUUGGAUAUGAUGGUUUAGGCCUCUUCAAACGUCAGGAAACUGAAGUUGAUGUGACGCUUGGGACAAUUUUUCCGAUUCACUUUCGUUGUCAAACACAAAUCGAGCCCAGAAUCGGGCGUGAUGCUUUUCGAUAUUUUGACCUUUUGUCUACUGUGUUUAGCCUCUGCCUCAAAUAUGAAGUGUCUCCGUCCCAGUGACUGAAAAAGACUGGAAAUACGUUUAUAUGUAUAUUUCGUGUUGCUUACAUGAGUAGUAAACAAACUUGAUUACUCGCGAAAGUCUAUUGUCAGUUCGAAGCGAAAUUUCGAACACUAAUGAUCGAAAAGAUACUUUCCGCCGUGAAGUUUCGCUUUGAGGCGAAAAUUCAACGAAAAAGCGCCCUUUGUUCAAACGAAAUGUCGCUUAAGAGGCCUCGAACUUUCGAUCGAAUUUUCGCCCGAACUUUCGACGAAAGAUCGUUAGAACAAAUAACGAAAUUCGUCGAAUUCCGUUUGCAUUACUUUUGCACAAUACUGUAUAAAUUGGUAAAUUAUUAUUAUUAUUAUUAUAGAUGACAGUUAGUGACUACUGCAUAAUGAAACAAAAAGCAUUCAAUUUUUACACAAAUGAGCUGUGAAUAAUGUUAAUGUACAUGUAGGUGAAAUGGUUACAUGUACUAUUUUACUGGUAAGAAACUUUUCAAAGAACAGUCUCAAUGCUGGGUGAAAAAAUUGGCAACUGUUAAACAUAGUUUUGCUUCACUUGCUAGGAAUGCACCACAGUUUCCAAAGAGAAACUGGUACAGAGUCUUCAACAGGUGCAAACCACUGUUGAGAAAUCCAAAGUGGAAGAGAUGUUCAGGGAAUCAUCACAACAGCUGAACAUGCUUGAGGUUUGUUUGGACCAUAUGUGGUUCAUCAUAUGUAAAGAGGAUAAGACAUGAUUUUGGUCAUAAUGCUGUAAUGUUAUGAAAAUGUGUCAAAACAGAUUAGUUGUCCUCUGUAGGUACGUUAAACAUUAAUUUUGGGGUUUGGCCAAGUCAUUAUCCUUUCACUGCACACUAGAGUCGAUGCUUCUAACUUUGUAUGUUUUACCUGUGAUUCUUAAGGGAGAAUAUCUCAGAAUAAACAACACCUUAGAUGUGCAAAAGAAAUUGGCUAAAGACCUGAAAAAGGUUGCUCAUGAGAAAACUGGAAUUCCUGAUGGAGCAGAUAUACCUGAUAAACUUAAAGAGGUAAAUGAAGUUAAUAUCAAAUUUAUCUGAUGGAAGCAAUUUCUUUUGCUAGUUAGGUUUCCAUCUUUAAAUUUCUCAAAUUAAUAUUUUAUUUUAAUUUUUAAGGCAUUUAAGCUGUAUCCUGAUACACUAGAAGAAAUAGAUGAGAUGAUCCAUGAUGAGAAAGCUAGAAUUGAAUGCCAAUACCAGAGCAACCCACAGGUAGAGUGUAAAUACUGUUACAUAACUGGCAAUCAGUCAAAUACCCCUAAUGUUGGUGGAAAUAGACCUCAGAGUCAGCCAGUCACACAUUUAUCUGCUCUUAGCAUCAACUUACUGCCAUGCAAAGAAGAUAGUUUGGAUGCACUGAACAUUUUUAUUUUAUGUAUUUUUUUCAGGUGAUUAAAGAUUAUGAAAGGCGUAAAAAGGAAAUAAAUGUGCUCAGUGGGAAGGUAAUUAUGUUUGAGUUAAAUGAAAAAAAAAAUGCACACAAACUCUUACACAUACAUGUGGUGCAUCCUGUGACUCCCACCUCUAAUAAUUUGUUAGGGCAUUCAUUCAAAAUAUAUGGUUAGCAUUGUAUGUACUACUUUAGGUUCAGGCACAAGAAACAGACCUAGAGACUGAGCAAAGAGAAAUAACAAGUCUUAAAGAAAGGUAAAAAGUGCUCAAAACAAAGGCUGGUAUUUAAUGAAGGUAAUGAAUGUUGAAAAGAAGCAACAUUGUGGCUGGUAUAAUAAUUUGAUAAGUUUUACUUAAGUUUGAUUUUAUUAUCAUUAACUACAUUUUUGACAGCCAUUAAAGUAUGGCACUCAAAUAAAGUGAAGUUUACAAACUACAGAUAUAGUUAUGUAGUUAUGUACUGCUAACAUUCUUUAUCUUUUAAGUUGGCUGACACCUUUGCAAGAACUAGUUUCACAAAUUAAUGAAAAGUUUGGGGAGUUUUUUAGAAUGAUGGGCUGUGCAGGAGAAGUUGCUCUUUCAACAGAACAGGUUUGUGUGCUUUGCUGUUCUUUUUUAAGGGUGCGUAGGACUGGUUAAAUAGAGAAUAAUACAUGGUGUGCAUAGAUAUGGAAUUUCUCUUCGAGUUGAACACGAGAAGAGAAAUUCCAUAUCUACAAGCAAACAUGUCUUAUUUUGUUUAUCAUAUAAACACAAUAGCCCUUUACUGGGAAGAAAAGCUGACUUCAUUAAUGAAUGAAAAUAAAUGAAUCGACAAUCCUUGAAUAACAAUCAUAGAGUGUGUUGGCGCUGACUCUUAAGAUGAAAAAAUGUGUCAGAUCAUGAUUACAAAAACAACAAUGGUUGUAAUUUUCAAUCUACAAAAUUCUCAUUUAUUUACUUUGUCCUUACCAACAGAAGAAGUCUUUCAGGUAAACAGCCAAAAUCAGCCAGUGGCAAAUCUUCCAUUUGUCAAUUUUCAUUCUCAACCAAGAGAAAUGCUAACACCAUAGCCACUGAAUAUGCAACUUUCAGUUUUUCUUUUAGUAUAUUGAUUUUCUUCCCCUUCUAGGAAAGUUUGAACCUCAUUGUCUGUCAGUGUCAUGGGUUUUUUAGUCUUUGUGUUUUAGUGUUAGUGUUGAGCUGCCAUAAUUUGAGAAAGUUCCAACAGACAACUUGUACUGAUGUACUCAUUCAUCAACCUGACAGAGUGGUGCCAGAAGGUUGUGAUGUGUAAGCAGCUGAUUGGCUAUAUUGACACACAUGAAAAAAUACGAUAUUUUUUCACAUGUGUUGUUACAGCUUUUCUCGGGGCCAGAAAUCCUUGUAUAACACCGCAGUUUAUGUAAUGAUUAUUAAUGCUUCUCAUCUCUUUUGUUUAUGUGACAGGGUGAAAACAACUUUGAUAAAUAUGGUAUCCAGAUUAAGGUGAAAUUCCGUGCAAAGGACAGUCUCCAUGUUCUGACUCCAUUCCAUCAGAGUGGUGGAGAGAGAAGUGUAUCAACCAUGUUAUAUUUAAUGGCCCUACAAGAACUUACUAAAUGUCCCUUCAGGGUGGUGGAUGAAAUAAACCAGGUAUCAGAUAUAAAUGGUGUCCAUCAAAAUAAUUUGUGCGAAAACACAGUUGAUCCUUAUGUACAGAGAGGUCUGUAUCAGCUGGUCAGCAACCUGAACAAUUAUUUUAUUUUUAAAUCACACUCAUGUUUUCAAGUGACCAUUAGCAAUUUUCCAAACUUUGUGCCAAGGAUGCACUACAUAAUUGAUUUGAAUCAAAUAAAUCAGCAUUAAUGAGCACUGCAUGUUAUUUUUAGGUCCUUUUAAUGUUGCAUGCCUUCAGAUGGUUAUAAAAGAUGGUCUUAUUUUUUAGGGCAUGGAUCCUAACAAUGAGAGGAGAGUUUUUGAACUUGUGGUUGAGACAGCUUGUCGACCUUAUACCUCUCAGUAUUUCUUAAUAACUCCCAAGGUAUGGAAAACAACACCUUAUGAGAAAAUUGACAUGCAGGAUAAAAACUACUUCUUAUAUAUGUACACUGUAUUUGUUUGCUACUCUCUACAUACAUGUGCAUCCACAGGGUACAUUUUAACAAAACUUACUCAUACACAUAUCCACAACUGGUACCAGCAAAGUGAUCCAGUAGACAAUAUAAUUUUGUAGUCAUUACUUCUCUGGAAAGUUGAAUUUUUCAUCUAGCUGUAAACUCUCUUUCUUUUUCAGCUACUUCCAGACUUGACAUACAAAGAAAAGAUGACUAUCCUCUGUGUUUUCAAUGGUCACUAUAUGGUGCCACAUACUGAUUGGAAUAUUGGGAAAUUUAUUCAAAGGAAAAAGGCACUACAAAGUCAAACCUAGAUAUCAUUGUGUUGGGUUUGAUGUAGGGCCACUGAAGAUACAUCAUUCUGCUGUUGACUUUUCAGAGAAUUGAUAUUCACAUUGUUACAAUUUAUCAUAGAUGUAGCUUGAAAUUAUUUGUUUUUGUUAUUAUGAAAGAAUAAUUGAUGCCAAAAUCAGAGAUGGUUAAAGGUUACAAAAUUGUAUUGGGUAAUGAACCUGCCAGAAAGUGCGAGUGGUUACGCAGAAACUCUCCUUUCCUUUAUUUGCAUAUAAAUACACAUUUUUUUUUUGUCAUUCUUAAUGUUAGUUUAGCUUUCAUGUUUUCCACAGGAAGGAAUCAAAACAAAGAAAUUAAAGAGUAUUCUGGUGCACUGUUGCUGUAAAGGAGUCAGCA